AUGCCGCCCAGACAAUCCAAGCCCGAUUCAAGCGCUCUGACCCUUCUCUUCAAGAAGCAUAAGACUACCGUCCUGCUGAUGCUCCAAUCCCAUGAGUCACUCGAAUUGACCAAAGAAAAGCUGCUUGAAGCUCUAAAGAUGCGAGGGCUCAAUGACAUCAACGGCGAUCCUAUUCCUGAUGACUCCUUUGACAUUGAAUUUGGUGAGCCAGUGGACCGAGCCGACUUUGAGAAAGGCUGGAAGCGCCUCCAAGCAGAUACACCAGGACAAGACCAAGAAGAUGCUUCUAAGAAAAAUAAAGGAAAAGGGAAGAAUGAGUCCGUUUCGCUUCUCGAGGCGGGUAUUGAGAAUGGACAUCCAAUUGCCUUCCGCUUCCGCAAACCCAACGAGGAUCAGAAUGCUAGUCUCGAUAUGGAGAUUGACGAUGAGGAUCCAGGCUGGGAUGUUAUCAUGCCAAGCUAUGAGGAUGAGGAUGAGGAACAAUGA